AUCCUCUAAAACCAAACAUAUGACAUUGUCAUAUUAAUUUAGGGAUAUCUUUUUUUUUUUCUCAAAUAAAAAUAAAGAAAUAAAUUUAUACAAAUUGAGAAAUGGCUUCUUGUGUGUGUUCAUCAACAGCAAUGGCAGAGAAGAUUUCAUGGAAUUGUGCUCUGUUUGUAGCAUUGAUGUUGGUGUUAAGUAUCUGUGAAUCAAGCACAAGUGAUGAUGAAUUCAAUCUUCAAAUUCAGAAUAUGCUUCAAGAGAAUGAUUUUAGUAAUAAUAAUAAUGUGAUCAACAAAGUGUGUGAUGAGAUAUAUGUUGUUCGUGAAGGAGAAACACUUCAAACAAUUAGUGAAAAAUGUGGUGAUCCUUAUAUUGUUGAAGAGAAUCCACAUAUUCAUGAUCCUGAUGAUGUUUUCCCUGGUCUCGUUAUAAAGAUUAACCCUUUCAUGUUACAUCGUAAAUAAAUAUGUUUCGAUUUUAAUUAAGACUAUGUUCUGUAUAAUAUAUGUAACAAAUUUAUUGGUAAUUUUAAUAUCUAUAUGUAAAUUGCUCAUGUUUGGAAAGGCUGGAAGCUAAUAUAAUAUAUGCAUCUUAGUAAUUAAUUAUGAAUGAGCUAUGUUAUGAAACGUCAAUACAUUGAUGAAAUUACAAGA